AUGCCUGAAAAUAAUUCGCAUAACUUCGAUGAUCAUGAGUCCCACAGUGAAAACAGUGAUUAUAUGAUGGACACUCAAGUAGAGGAUGAAUAUGAUGAGGAUGGCCAUGUACAGGGCGAAUACUCUUAUUAUCCUGAUGAUGAUGAAGAUGAACAUAUGCUCUCCAGCGUAGGAAGCUUUGAGGCUGACGAGGAUGAGGAUGGUGAUAAUGAUUACCACAACGAAGAAGAUUCCGAGCUUUUAUACGGAUAUAAUAGACGUCAUAACAGUGGGAACGCAGACGGAAACGGUGAAGAAGAAGAACUGGAUCAUCCUCACGACAAUAAUGAAUUUGGCGGUAACCCCUUUCGCUUACCUGAUAUUUUGGAAACUUUUGCACAAAGACUAGAAGAAAGGAGACAAGCAGGCAGAGGACAAGUCCAGCAUGCAGCUGGGAGGACACUUCCUGAGAUCUUGUCAAUGAUUGGAGGAAGGAUGGAAAGAAGUACGGAGAGUUCAGCAAGGAAUGAACGGAUUUCCAAAUUGAUAGAGAAUACUGGAAAUGCGCCUGACGACCCGUAUAUUGCAAUGGAAAGUUUAAGAGAACUUUCCGAGAACAUAUUAAUGAUGAAUCAAAUGGUUGUCGAUAGAGUCAUACCGAUGGAAACGUUGAUAGGGAACAUUACUACCAUCCUCUCUGACAAAAUCUUGAAGGAAGAACUAGAACUACAAAUGCAAGCCUGUAGAUGCAUGUAUAACCUUUUUGAAGUUUGCCCAGAAUCCAUCUCAAUAGCUGUUGAUGAGCAUGUCAUACCUAUUCUACAGGAGAAAUUAGUAGAGAUUAGUUAUAUUGACCUUGCGGAACAAGUUCUAGAAACUGUGGAGUAUAUCUCUAGAGUACAUGGGAGGGACAUUUUAAAAACGGGUCAAUUAUCGAUUUACGUUCAGUUUUUUGAUUUUUUAACUAUACAUGCACAAAGAAAAGCUGUUGCAAUUGUUUCAAACGCCUGUAGCAGUGUUCGAAUGGAUGAUUUUAACGCAGUCGUAGAAGUGCUCCCAACAUUAAAACCCAUCUUUACUAAUACAACUGAUCAGCCAAUCGUAACUAGGCUUGUAAAUGCUUUGUAUGGCAUUUGUGGGGCGUUGUACAGGAACGAAAAGUUCGAAUCAUUGUUUUCGCUAGAUCUAACAGAAAGAAUUGUCCAGCUAGUUGCUAUUCAGGACACUCCGUUGGAGAACAAACUAAAAUGCCUGGAUAUUCUUACCGUAUUGGCAAUGAGCAGUAAAGUUCUGUCAAGAGAACUGAGAGAGAAGACCGAUAUUAUCGAUAUGACUACCCGGUCGUUCCAACACUAUAGUAAAACUUCGAACGCUGGGCUACACGAAACACUAAUAUAUGUCCCGAACAGUUUGUUGGUUAGUAUUUCUAGAUUUAUAGUCGUGUUGUUCCCUCCAGAAGACGAACGGAUACUAUCUGCAAAUAAAGAGGAUACUGCAAACAAUGGACAUGAUAUUAUUGUCAGCCAGGAAAAAUUUGAUGCUUUAGUACAGUCCUUAAUUCCAAUUCUCAUUGAAAUUUAUACGAACGCUGCUGAUUUUGACGUAAGAAGAUACGUGCUUAUUGCUUUGCUAAGGGUUGUAUCGUGUAUGAACAGUUCUACAGCUAAAUCAAUAAAUGAUCAACUUAUCAAGUUAGUUGGGUCUAUCUUGGCUCAAAAGGAAACAACUUUUAAUGCUAGCGGCUCUCAUUCAACUGAAGCUGGUACCCUUUUAGUCGGUGGUCUCUCCCUGCUCGACCUCAUCUGUAAAAAAUUUGCAGAGCUGUUCUUGCCUUCUAUUAAAAGGGAAGGCAUUUUUGAUUUGGUAAAGGAUUUAUCUGUGGAUUUCAAUAGCAUCGAUAUGAAAGAGAACGGAAAUGAAGAUAUGUCACUUUCUGAUGAAGAAGAGGAUCUGCAUAGCAGUAUUGAAGAAGAUGGAGAGGCUGAUGACGACUAUGAUUAUGAGUUUGGUGAUAUGGAGAUUCCUGAUUCAGUUAAACCAAAAAAAAUUACUUUACACAUUUUCAGAACCCUGUCUUUGGGUUAUAUUAAGAAGAAAGGAGUAGACCUAGUUAACAGGGUACUUUCACAAGUUAACGUUGAGCAAGAGGCAAUGACAGAGGAACUGCAUCAAAUUGAGAGCGUCGUUUCUAUUUUAGAAGAUCCUUCCACUCCUGACAAAACGGAAGAAGACUGGAAGAAAAUUUGGACAGUUUUGCGAAAGUGUAUUUUCCAUGAGGAAUUUGACGUAUCAGGUUUUGAAUUUACUUCAACAGGGUUAGCAUCCUCCAUCGCAAAAAGAAUUUCCUCUUCAACCGUAUCCCAUUUUAUUCUUGUGAAAUCAUUUUUAGAAGUAUUUGAGGAUAACGUGGAUCGAUUUUUAGAAAUUCUGCAAUCAGCUCUUACAAGACUUGAAAAUUUUUCAAUAGUUGAUUGUGGUUUGCAUGACGGUGGAGGCGUAUCAUCAUUGGCAAAAGAAAUACGAAUCAAGUUGGUUUAUGACGGUGAUGCAACCAGAGAUAAUAUCGGUACUGAUUUGUCAUCCACUAUCGUUUCAGUUCAUUGCAUAGCAUCGUUUACUUCUCUUAAUGAAUUUUUGAGGCACAGGAUGGUAAGAAUGCGCUUCUUGAGCUCGUUAAUUCCGAAUAUUACUUCUCCUACUACUGAUGCUAACAGGGAAGAAGAAGAGGAAAAUUCUUUGGACGAUAUGAGAAAAAAGAACUUUGAUUUCUUUUACGAUGACGAGAAAGUUGACAUGGAGUCCACUGUAUUUGGGGUCAUAUUCAAUAAAUUUGUAAAGCAAAAUCAGGACUUGAAGACUUUAUGGAACGAUACCCAGUCAAUUAAAUUUCGCAAAAGUUUAGAAAAUGAUGAUAGCGAACACGAGGCAGCUGAAGAGGCUAAAGAGGUAAAACGGUUAAGAGAUUUUUACAAAAAGAGAGAAUUUACUGAGGUUGAUACUGGAUCUUCAGCGGAUAUCCUCGCAUUGUUGGAUUUCCUACAUAGUUCCAACAUCGAAAGUGAUUGCUUCAUCAAUUCAAAGCUAAGUGCUAAGCUGGCUAGGCAAUUAGAUGAACCACUGGUCGUUGCAAGCGGCGCCCUGCCAAAUUGGUCACUGUUUUUAACAAGAAGAUAUCCAUUUUUGUUUCCCUUUGAUACGAGAAUGUUUUUCUUACAAUGUACAUCUUUUGGUUAUGGAAGGUUGAUUCAAAUCUGGAAAAACAAAACUAAAAGCUCAAAAGACUCUAGAAAUGAUGAAGCUUUACAACAACUUGGAAGAAUUACUAGACGUAAGUUGCGUAUUUCAAGAAAAACCGUAUUUGCUACUGGUCUCAAGAUCUUAUCUAAAUAUGGUGGCAGUCCAGAUGUAUUAGAAAUUGAAUACCAAGAAGAAGCAGGAACAGGUUUAGGCCCAACUUUGGAAUUCUAUUCCUUAGUUUCAAAAUAUUUUGCGAGAAAAUCACUAAACAUGUGGCGUUGUAAUUCCUAUAGCUAUAGAAGCGAAAUGAACAUGGAUACAACUGAUGAUUACAUUACCACUUUAUUGUUCCCAGAACCUCUCGACCCUACCGCGAAUAACGAGAAAAUUCUUGAACUCUUUGGAUAUUUGGGGACGUUCGUCGCCAGGUCUUUGCUUGAUAAUAGGAUCCUUGACUUCAGAUUCAGUAGAGUCUUUUUUGAAUUACUGCACAGGAUGUGUACACCCAAUUUGACAACGGUACCAAGUGAUGUCGAAAGCUGUCUAUCGAUGAUCGAGUUGGUAGAUCCGUUACUGGCUAAAUCCCUAAAAUACAUAGUCGCAAAUAAGAACAACAAUAAUACGCUGGAAGAACUGUUCUUAACAUUCACCGUACCUGGUAACGAUGACAUCGAAUUGAUUCCAGAUGGUAGCAAUAAAUUCCUGAAUUCUUCUAAUGUUGAAGAAUAUAUUUGUGCAAUUAUUGAUCAGAUUUUGGGUAAAGGCAUCGAAAGGCAAUUGAAAGCAUUUUCCGAAGGUUUCUCGAAAGUUUUCCUCUACGAAAGAAUGCUGAUACUCUUUCCAGAAGAAUUAGUGGACAUGUUCGGACGGGUUGAGGAAGAUUGGUCUGUGGGAACCUUAUACACAAAUUUAAACGCCGAACAUGGCUACACAAUGGACUCUUCAAUCAUUCAUGAUUUCAUAUCAAUAAUAUCCACAUUUAAUAAGCAAGAAAGGAGAUUAUUUUUGCAGUUUUUAACUGGGUCUCCCAAACUUCCAAUCGGAGGCUUUAAAAGUUUGAAUCCUAAAUUUACAGUUGUUCUAAAACAUGCUGAAGAUGGCCUGACAGCAAAUGAAUACUUACCAAGUGUAAUGACGUGUGCUAACUACUUGAAACUACCUAAAUAUUCUAACAAAGACAUAAUGCGGUCUCGUCUUUGCCAAGCCAUUGAAGAAGGUGCCGGAGCUUUCUUACUCUCUUGA